ACCAAUACAAAUCUUCCAGGAAAAAACAAUCUAAGACUCUAUCAUGUCUCUCAUGGAUUCUCUCUUCACCCACAGACCCCUAUCAGAAACUAGGCCCUCUACAUGUUCUUUCUUUUUCUUAACCAUUCAACUUACUCUCUCAUUUCUCAUCCUCUCAACAGCUCAAGCCAGCCAUUGCAGAACCGCUUGUGGCAACAUUCCUAUCAACUACCCUUUCGGCAUUGAUGACGGCUGCGGAAGCCCCUAUUACCGCCACAUUCUCAUCUGCUCGGAGCCGGGAAAUCUCGAGCUCCGAACACCUUCCGGGAAAUACCCUGUUCUCGACAUAAGCUACUCCGAUCCUCACGUUUUAGUCACCGACCCUUUCAUGUGGAAUUGCCAGGACGGCGACAACUUCCGGCCGACCAGGCCAUUUAGCCUUGACACAAGCACCCAUUUCUCCCUCUCCCCUCAGAACGAAUAUCUCUUCUUUAAUUGCAGCGAAGAUGAUGUGAUUAUUCAGCCAAAACCCAUUUUUUGCGAACAUUUUCCUGAAAGGUGUGAUUCGUCUUGCGAUAGUGCAAGCUAUCUUUGCAGGCACCUCCCAAAGUGUCCCUCUGCAUUGGGUGGAGGAUCUUGCUGCUCUUACUAUCCCAAAGCCACUGAAUCUCUGAGGCUGAUGCUCAAGUAUUGUGCUAGCUUUACUAGCGUUUACUGGAAAAAUAUCGGUGAACCUCAGCCGUACGAUCAAGUCGCCGAAUAUGGGAUUCGGGUUGAUUUUGAUAUUCCGGUUACGAUCAAGUGCCUUCAGUGUCAAGAUACAUUGAAGGGAGGUGGAACUUGUGGAUUUGACACCCACACCCAGAGUUUCUUGUGCCUAUGUGAUAAACGAAAUUCCACUACUUAUUGUAAAGAUCAUGGCCUUUCUGGGCAUGGUGGGAGGGUUGGAGUUAUUGCAGGCACAGUAAGUGCAGUUUCAGCUGCUGGGGCCUUAGGAGUUGGAGCUGGUAUGUGGUACUUUAGAAGAGUGAGAGCCAAGGCACCAGUGACAUGUGGGGUUCAAAGCAAUGAGAAUAGGCUUUUCUGAAGAUGUUCGCCAACCAAAUAGAUACCUUGCCUUUUUCUUUUUCUUAUUAUUAUUAUUUUUUGUUUGCUUUUUACACUUUAAACAUGCCUCUUUGAUGGCCUCUGUUUCUUUGUCUAUCACAAUACAUAAACAGCCCAUGAUAUUGCUUAAUUUUCCA